GAGAUAAAUGGACAUAUGAGAGAGAGAGAGAGAGAGAGAGAGAGAGAGAGAGAGAGAGAGAGAGAGUACUUUAGAUACAGCAUCAUAUUUUUUAUAUUUGCGUGUUCAUGUGUGAACUAGAAGGAUCAAAACGUGGGCAUUCAAAUUUACCUCGGGAUCGUUUGUAUUAAAGAUCGGGAUCAAUAUCUGGCGACAAACUAUUUUGUGUUUCGAAUUUUCUCAGUAUGUAAGGUCUGAUGUCGUUGAAUUAUAUGUAAUUAUUGAAUAGAUACACGACAGUUAAUUAUUCGACUGGAGAGUGAAUGUUAUAGCACCGGAUGACAGAUGUGAGUAUCAUCCUGCCUGUGUACAAUGGAGAGAAGUGGAUUGAGGAUUGUUUGAGAGCAAUUAGAGAUCAAGAUUUUAGUGGACGUUUGGAGAUAUCUAUCUUCAAUGAUGGCUCAACAGAUGCUACACUUACUAAACUGAGAGAAUGGAAGGAACAUCUGAAGCAGAAGUCAGUUUCUUUAGUUGUUGGAGGUCACAGUUCAAAUCCCAGAGGAGUGGGUUAUGCCAAGAACCAAGCUGUGCACCAGAGCAGUGGAACCUACCUGUGUUUUCAAGACAUUAUUAUUGGAAGCAAAUUCCACAGAGAACCAGCAGGCUCUACGGAGAGAUAUACGCAGUGGGCGAAUAAUCUGACCAAUGAUCAACUGUACUCACAGAUCUACACUUCUCAUGGUCCGACCCUCAUCAUGCCAACCUGGUUUUGUCAUCGAUCCGUGUUCAACAAAAUUGGAGGCUUUAAUGAAGGUGGAAAAGGAGUACCGGAGGAUCUAAUCUUCUUCCUGCAGCACCUGGAGCUGGGAGGGGGGCUGGGUCGAGUGGACGCUGACCUUAUUAUGUACAGAUACCACCCUGGGGCGACCACAUUCUCUAUACAUGAAGAUACGAUCUGGAAAAUAAGAAUAGAGUAUAUACAGAAACAAGUGUUACAGAAAUGGCAAACCUUUACAAUCUGGAAUGCUGGGAAACAAGGAAGGAAGUUCUACAGAUCUUUGACCCCAGCCAAUCAGAAGAAGGUGAUGGCCUUCUGUGAUGUUGAUCCUAAGAAGAUCAAUAGUGCUGUCUACACUUACCAGGAGUCUAAGGAAAAGAUCAAACCUACAGUUCCCAUUGUACAUUAUCAAUCUGCCACACCUCCAUUUAUUCUCUGCAUGAAAUUGGAUAUGACUGGGGGAGAAUUCGAAAAGAAUUUGGCAUCACUGAAUCUGAGAGAAGGAGUCGAUUUCUUCCACUUCAACUAGGAUACUUGUAGACUCUAUAAAGCUGGAUAUUUGUUUAUAUCAAGUUUUAUUUUGUACAUAAAAUCCAUUGAAAUGCUUUUAUAUUAUAUAAUUGUGUAUUGAUACAUACAUGUAUAUUGGGCAACCCUAGACAAUAUGAACUGAACCUAAUUACAGUUCUUUUGAGGGUAGUUUGAUAUUUCCAAAAUAAAUGUUUCGACUAUAAACAUGA